AUGGCAGCUAAUCGUUUACAGCGUUAUGCUAUUUUUUUAUCAGGAUAUAAUUAUGAAAUUCAGUUUAUUAAGGGCACUGAUAAUGGUAAUGCAGAUGCAUUGUCCAGACUUUCAUUGGAGUUUCCAGAUAAUGCUAAUAAUUCUGAGUUAGACAAUUAUUCUAUAAAUUUAAUAACGGAAAAUAUUAAAUCUAUUUCAGACCUGGAUAUUUGUUUGGAAGUUAAGAAGCAUCCAUUGCUUCGAGAAGUCUUCUUUAGAGUUUUUACUGGUAAAUGGGAUGAUAUUAAGGUAGUAUCAGAGGACAUGAAACCUUACUUUAAUCGUAGAAAUGAGUUCUCUAUAGAGAAAGGUUUUUUAUUAUGGGGUCAUCGUUUAGUAAUUCCUCCUAAGUAUAGAACUGCAUUGUUAGCAGAAUUACAUAAUACACAUUUGGGGAUUGUCAAGAUGAAAAGUAUUGCUAGAUUUUAUAUUUGGUGGCCUGGAAUCGACUCAGAUAUUGAAAGCAUUAUUAAGGAAUGUAUGAAAUGUUUAGCUUACAGUGAAAACCCACCUAGAAGUAUUUUACAUAGUUGGCCAUAUCCAGAUGGUCCAUCACAAAGGGUACAUUUAGAUUUUUUAGGACCAGUUAAUGGGAAAAUGUUUAUAGUUAUUAUUGAUGCCUUUUCAAAGUGGAUUUUUGUUAAGCAUAUGUUAAAUAUAACUACUAGUUCAACAAUCAAGGUGUUAUGUGAAUACUUUGCUUAUUGUGGUGUUCCAGCUAAACUUGUUACGGAUAACGGUUCAUCGCUAUGUUCAAAGGAGAUGAUAGAUUUUUUGAAAAAGAAUAGGGUUUUUUAUAUCACUACACCUCCUUACAAUCCUUCAACUAAUGGUGCUGCCGAGAACUUGGUUCGCACAUUCAAAAAUUUUAUUAAAAAAUGCAAAAGUAAUUCAGAUAUUGAAAUGGAUAUUUUUAAAUUUGUAUUGUCUUAUAACAGUACCAAACAUUGUGCUACAGGGGUUAGUCCUGCUGAGUUACACUUGGGACGGUUAUUACCUACACCUUUUGACAGGUUGAAUUCUUUUGCUAAGUAUAACUAUAAUAAAGGUAUUGUAGUGGCAAAAAACAAUUACAGAGGUUGUAGGGAAAAAGUUUAUUUAAUUAAAGAUACAGUCAUGUGCAAAAAUUAUGGAACAUGGGGAUGUUUGGUAGAUGUAGGCAAUGGUAUGGUGUGGAAAAGGCAUGUUAAUCAAAUAAUUGAUAGAGUGAUUAGUAAAGGUAGUGAGGUUGAAACGUUGAAUGAUGGCAUGGACGACAAAAGUACAGUAGAUAACAAACAAAUAGAAUUAGAUCAAGAGGUUGCAUCUAAUUACAAUAAUGUUUCAUUAGACUCUGUGUCAAAAGACACAUUCAUAAGGAAGAGUGGUAGAACAAUCAAACCACCUAAACGUUUAAAUUUGUAA